CAUUGUGUUUGCAUGCUGUGACCUGGAAUUUGCUUUGAUUGUAUGUUUUUGAAGAGCUCAGUGUCACUGAUCCACAGCCAGAGAUGGCAGGCAAACCCAUUUUUUGUCUGAACAACAGAGCUGCACUUACUUUCAAAUUAGAACAUGUUCAGAGUUUUGCUUCAUUCAUACUUGACUUUUUGACAGCUGAAAACUGUUGCAUUUUAAAAUGUGCAAAUAUCUAAAAAUCCCAUCUUGCUAUGAUUUUCACCAUCUAAAUAGAAUCUAUUUACAAUAGUGAUUUUGUAAAAUUGGAAAGAACCAAAACAUCUGGGCAGGCAGUUGGAAAUGAAAAUGUUCUUUCCCAUUGUCGCAUAACAUCUCAGAGAUUAUUUUCUCACUUCCCAGAAGGCCACAAAAAAAUCAUUUCCAGUUUUUCCUGCUAAACAGAAACACACUUGUAUGCACACGCAGAAAAAAUAAAACAUAGCUCAUAACUAACAGUUUUGCCAGUACUUGCACAGAUGGCUAUCACCUUUAUCCCUGGAGUUUCCAGACUUUACACACAGCCCAUUCUGAACUGGGAGGGGGUGGGUAAGUACAAAAACUGCCUCAAGACCUAAAGUUCCUUCAGCUCCUGCACUUUCCCAAGACAAACACGUUCAGCUGCCCCUGAAAGAAGAGCCACCAGUAGGAAUAAUUUGUUCUGUCAAAUCCACACGACAUAUCUUGUGUUAGAUUGCUUCCACGUCGCCAGACAAGCAGUGCAGCAUGUCGGAGGAGGUGAAGCCAGAGAGCGUGUCGCUGUAUCCUGCGAGUGCUGCAGCCACCCCUGAACAGGAGACGGUGUGCAUCUUUGGGACGGGAGACUUGGGGCGCUCUCUGGGUCAACGUCUACUGCAGUCUGGUUAUAGGUUGGUGUAUGGGAGCCGGAGACCUCACAGCUGCGGCCCCAUUCCUCCAGGAGCUCAGGUGAUGAGCCACGAUGCAGCGGCGCAGUCAGCCAGUUUGGUCUUUGUUUGUGUUCACAGAGAACAUUAUGACUUCCUGGAGGCACUAGCACCUCAACUCAAUGGGAAGGUGGUUGUGGACGUUAGCAACAAUCUCAAGAAGAAUAUGUAUCCAGAUGCCAACGCUGAGCAUCUGCAGAGGUUAAUCCCUGGGGCCCAUGUGGUGAAAGCAUUUAACACCUUGUCAGCCUGGGCUCUUCAGAACGGACCUUCAGAUGCCAAUAGACAGGUGUACCUGUGUGGAAACAAUCCUGAGGCUAAGCAGGCAGUGGCAGUGAUUUCCACCAAACUGGGCUUCACUGUUCAGGAUAGAGGGUCUCUGUCUGCAGCCAGAGAGCUGGAGGACUUCCCCCUGCAGCUGUUCCCCGAGUGGAGGCUGCCCAUGCACCUCACCAUUGGCCUCACUGCCUUCUUCUUCUUCUAUCUUCUCACCAGAGAUGUCAUCUAUGCAUAUGUUAACGAGGGGAAAGACAUCUCCUUCAGAAUCAUGAUGUCUCUGGCUAACAAGGUGUUUCCAAGUGUAUCUCUCAUCUUGCUGUCUCUCUGUUAUCUGCCUGGAAUCAUAGCUGGCUUCUUUCAGCUCUACAGAGGAACCAAGUACAAGCGUUUUCCUGACUGGUUGGAUCGCUGGAUGUUGUGCAGGAAACAACUAGGUCUGAUUGCUCUGGCCCUUGCUUCCCUGCAUGUGAUUUAUACUCUAAUCAUCCCUAUUAGGUAUUAUGUAAGAUUCAGACUUGCUGGAAAUACCAUCUCACAGAUCAAGAAUAACAAGACAUCUUCAUUUGAUACAACCAUGGCAUGGAGGACUGACUCAUACUACUCCAUAGGGGCUCUGGGAUUUGGCCUGUAUCUCCUUUUGGGAAUUUCCUCUCUCCCUUCUGUCAGCAACGCUCUCAGCUGGAGAGAGUUCAGCUUCAUUCAGUCCAAGUUGGGAUACCUGACAUUGUUCUUCUGCACCUUUCACACCUAUCUGUACGGUUGGGACAGAUUUCUGUACAUCUCGCAAUACAAAUGGUUCACUCCUCCCGGCUACAUGCUCUGCUUGGUGGUGCCCACCCUGGUGCUGGUGUUCAGACUGCUUCUUCUUCUGCCUUGUGUGGAUAAAAGCCUCAGCCGCAUUCGGCAGGGCUGGGAGAGGACGGAUCCUGAGAACGACAGCAAGAAGUCACUGUUAGCGUAGGAUUGUCCCAAACUGUCACAGACUUACAUAGAAACAUAUUUUCGUCCGAGAGCACUCUAAAUGUAAUUUAACCACUUCAGUUUUAAUAAUGCAAAACAAAAUAGUGCACAACAAUAAAAGCCUGUGGUAAGUGUUACCAUAUUUACAUCCACAGUUUGAACACCUUCACUUUGUGUUUUGUAAGUAUUUUUUUUAUCAAUUAUUAAGGAAUAAUUUUAUAUAGCCAAUGUUAUGGGAGCAAACAAUAAUAAAAAAAAAAUAACACAUGAAA